CUCUCGGUCUCUCUCUCCUGCAGACAUCACUGUUCUGAGGCAGCAGGUGGAGGCUUUACAGACACAGGUACAACGCCUCCAGCAUGACUUCUCUCAAUAUAAGAAAGUGGAGAUGUUCCCUGAUGGCCGAAGUGUUGGAGAGAAGGUCUUCAAGACAGGAGGCUUUGAAAAAACUUUUGCAGAUGCACAGCAGAUAUGCACACAGGCUGGGGGACAGCUGGCCUCCCCACGCUCUGCUGCCGAGAAUGAGGCUGUGCGACAGCUGGCCUCAGCUCAUAACAAGGCUGCAUACCUCAGCAUGACUGAUGCCAGGACAGAGGGCACGUUCAUCUACCCCACAGGGGAGCCCCUUGUCUACUCAAACUGGGGCCCAGGAGAGCCCAACAAUGAUGGUAAUGCAGAGCACUGUGUGGAGAUCUACACCAAUGGCAAGUGGAAUGACAAGAACUGCGGAGAGCAACGCCUUGUGAUCUGCGAGUUCUGAGCCACCUGGGGUGGGCAGGGCAGUUUUGACCCAGGAGCGUGGCCAUCGAGUUUGGGCCCAGACCUGUGCACUGCCUACAUCACAAUAAAAAGCUGACAUCUCUGCU